AUGUCACCCUUCACUCUUUACAAGGGCAAACCCUCGGCUCGCAAGACCAUGUUGGGUGGGCGCGCGAAAAAAAUCGGCUUUGGAUACGUGCGUAUCAAACGAACUGAUCUCGUGGACGUCCUCCUCGAAGCGGCCAAUGAGGCUGGAAUCGAAAUUCGGUUCGAUAAGAGGGUUACCCAGAUUGAUGAUCGUGCUGACGGCGUGACUGUUACUUUCAAAGAUGGCUCGACUGAUACAUCAGAUGUCCUCCUUGGUUGUGAUGGGAUUCACUCGUUUGUGAGACGGUCUUGGGUUGAUCCUGCUCAGACUUCUGAAUAUUCGGGCCUUGCGGGUCUAGGAUCCGUGAUCGCGGGCUCUGAUUUGAGUCCUGAAACGAGGGCACAGACAUUAGGCCUUGAGGCUACGAUGACUGAGGAAGGAUUGAUUGCUGUCACGAGGUGUACGCAGUCUUCGGGUGACUUGUACUGGUUCUUCACCAAGGAAGUCCCCAUCCCUGCAUCAGGAGAUCGGGAUGGAUGGGAAGUACAGGGUAAAGACGAGGUGGAGGGAUUCAAAGCGCCUCUUCUUAAGAUCUUGGAGAAAGCCCAAGGUGAAUGGGGGGAUUCUUUGAGGGAAAUCGUUAGCAAGACCUCUGUUGUCAAGUUUUACCCUAUCCAUCGCCUUCAUCCUGGUGGCACUUGGUCCAAGGGCCGGUGUAUCCUUGUCGGUGAUGCUGCCCAUGCGAUGUCACCGCAUGCUGGGCAGGGGGUGUCGAUGGCUCUGGAAGAUGUGUUUCUUCUGUCACGUUUACUGAAAGAUAACUCUCGACCUUUAAACCAGGUGCGGGAGAAGUAUGAUGAGAUUCGCCGUCCACGAGUCAAUGCGAUCUUCGAUUUGGCGGCCGAGAAUGGGAAAUCACGAAAAAAGGCUGGACCUUGGGGCCUGUGGCUCAAGGAGUCGGUUGCUUCGGUUGCUUUGAAUCUAUCCUGGGCUUUGGGGGUAGAGCGACUUGGCUUUAGACAGAAGCAUUUGAUCUACGACAUUGAUGAGGUUGAGCUGUGA